AUGUACAAGACCAGCUACCUGCACGAGGUGCGCAAGGAAAAGUAUGAGCGCUCAGAUGUCUUUGAUGAGGAACCUGUGGACCCUGAAUCCUCUGCAGGCAUCUCAGCCAUCCAGGGCUGGGAAAGCCUUCAGGAGCUCAAUAGCCGCUUUGCCCGGUACAUCAACAGGGCACGAGUCCUGGAGCAGCGCAACGCCGUGUUCCGCAAGCAGUUGGAGACGCUGCAGCGGAUGGAAGAGGCCAGCGGCCUAGAGGAGGCCUUCACAGAGCAGACAGAAGUCAACAGGCAGCGCAUCCGAGAGCUUUCCUCUGACCAUACCAAGCUGCAGCGAGAGCUGAAAGAUGCUUGCCGCAUGCUGGAUGAAUUCACCAGCAAAUAUAGAAACGAAUGUGAUAAUCAAGAACAGCUACGGGGAACACUGGAACAACUAAAUAAGGAGGCUGACAGUUGUCUGCUGAGAAACCUGGAGUUCCAGAUCCAAUCACAAUUCCUGCAGGACGACAUCAACUCCACUAGAGAUAGACACAAGAAGAACCUUGCAGAGAUCCAGACCUAUGUAAACAUUUUACAUCAAAUCAACCAGACACUUCCCCUUGCUCCCAAUGUGUCAGUGGGCACCUCCGAGGAACAGGAGAAGCUGCUGGCACAGAGGAAAGUUCCUGGACUGCAGAGUCAGCUGGAGGAAUAUAAGAGCGCCCUCUGUCAGCUGCAGUCCCAGAAACACCGCCUACAGACUGAGACUACAGUGUUGGAGCAAACCAUCAAAAACACACAGGAGAGUUAUGACGAUGAGAUCCAGAUGUACAACGAGCAAAUCGAUUCUCUGCGGAAGGAGAUCGAGGAAGCUGAGAGGUCCCUCGAAAAGUUCACCAGUGAAUGUCGCCACCUGGCCAUGUACCAGACAUCCCUUGAAAAUGAGCUGGAGAGGUACAAGAGGAUCAUCGAGAACGAAGACAACAGGUUGAAUUCAGCAAUAAUUGGCACUCCCAUUACCCUGUUCACCACUAAUUACCGCUACACUCACACACCCACUGCAUCCAGCAGGGGGAGAGAUAUCACCCAGGCUAUCCAAGAUAUCACCAGUGUCAAGCCCCGCCAGAAGAUCCUGGCCAAGAAGGUCCUGAAGAAGAAAGAGCUGACCCCGAGAGAUGUAAUGGACAGUGGCCAGGAGGAAAGAAAUGGGGGAGCCGCUGGAGAGGCUCCGGAUGAAGAAACGAAGGGGAUCCCAUCUGUGGAAGUGCAGGAGGAGAGAGUGAAGAGAAAAGAGCAGAUACCUGUUCUCACUGGAGUGUCUCCAGAGGAUGUCCCAGACGGAGCUCAGAUCAGCAAGGCCUUUGACACUCUUUGUAACAUCGUCAGAGACAGAAUGAGGAAGUACAAGAAGCCUGAGCCAAUCGCCGACUUCUACACCAAGGGUCGUUACGUUCUUGUCACCGGCGAUGGCAGCUACCCGGAUCCAUGCUUCUGCACCUCCACACCAUCAGCCGGCCACAUCUUCGUCACUAUCAGAGAUGGAAUGAUACCUCCCUAUGAGCCUUACGGACCCGUCAUACCCGUUAUACCCUCUCCUGCACCUCCAAAUCCUCUUCCUCAGCCCAUAGUAGAUCCCAAGCCUCCCCCUCCCACCCCACCCUCUAAUGGAGGAGGAGGAAAGGACGAUAAUAAGGGUGGUAAAGGUAAGGACGAUGGAGGUAAAGGUAAGCAUAAGAACGGAGAGCCUCACCCACACUCUAAAGAUCCGAGCCCACUUCCAGCUGACGAUCAUCGCAAGAAAAGCCGGGAUGACAAUGGUCCAAGUGGGCCUACUCCAAGGCCUGCGCCUCGUGGUGCCAGCACCAGCACCAGCUCUGGCAGCUUUUCCCCAGACGCCAUGAGCUACGAGAAGUUGGAGGUGGUGGAGUCUGUGGAGAAGUUCUCCAAUGGCCGGAAGGUUAAAGGUUAUGAGGAGACUUCCUUGGUGGUUGAGACCAUGAUCGAGAAAUCCAGCAAGAAGAAACAUUGAAACCAGGACGCCUGACAUGAAGUCAGUCAGCUCCACCAGGGUCACAUGGUUCAGGUCCUCUACCGAGAAGACAAUACUAAUAAAUUCCACUGUUCCUCAAACUGCUGCAAUAAGACAAAUAUGUGUUUGUCUCUGAGGGAAACCAACCAUGCUUAAAGACCAACUACACAUUCCUGCUCUGAUAUUCAAUGCUCUUCCAUUUGCUUGCAGUCUCUGAUCUUGUGUCCAGAAUACAUUUUGCUGGUUCCAUAAGUACUGCUGUUCGACUUAACAUCCAUGCUCAUGCUAUGAGUCCUUUACUGUCUGAAAACUUAGGACAAUGAAAAACGAAGUUCCACGCCACCAAUAAAGAGAAAUGAAAUGAAAAACUGAGAAGUUGUGCCACCCCUCUGAACUCUGUCUUAGAACUCCAAUUUUCCCCUUUGAGCUAAUUUUUUCAAUUGGAUGCCACUG